AUGGGAACUAACAGCACGAGACGGCAUGUAGAGGAAAUGGUGGGAAAAUCUCAAAAAGCUGCAAAUGCAGCCUGGGGGAUGAUGAAGAGGGCUGCUAGAGAUAGGAGGGAUGAUAGAAUAUAUUUAAUGAACUCACUAGUCAGAUCGGUGGCAUUGUAUGGAGUAGAAACUUGGGGAUGA